CCCGUCUCCCACGAGGCCGCGAGAGAGAGAGAGAGAGCGAGAUGGGGAAAAAAUUACUGAGACACGAAGCCCCAGAAUAGGAGGACCGCUUCGCCCUCCGGUCUCUCCCCUCCCACCGCUGCUCGUCCACCCUCUCUCGCCCGCACGCCCCUCGCCGGCCGUCCUCCCCCGCCGCGCCAGAUCUGACCCCGCACCCCCAUGUGCCUGCCUCCGUCCCAGAUCCGACUGACCUAGCGAGGAGCGCGACGCGGGUUGGCCCACGGUUUCUCGGGUCGGGAGGCUUCCCUCCAGCCAUGGACGACGUGUCCAAGUACGCGCACAGCCCGGCGCACCUCGCCGUGGCGCGGCGCGACCACGCCGCGCUUAGGAGGCUGGUCGCCGGCCUCCCCCGCCUGCCGCGCGCCGGCGAGGUCGCCACCGAGGAGGAGUCCAUCGCGGGCGAGGCCUUGGCCGACGCCGUAUCCGCCGUCAUCGACCGCCGCGACGUGCCGCGAAGGGAGACCCCUCUUCACCUCGCCGUUCGCCUCCGCGACCCCGUCGCCGCCGACAUCCUCAUGUCUGCGGGCGCCGACUGGUCGCUCCAGAACGCCGACGGAUGGUCCGCGCUCCAGGAAGCCGUCUGCACCCGCGAGGAAGCCAUCGCUACCAUCAUCGCGCGCCACUACCAGCCGCUCGCCUGGGCCAAGUGGUGCCGCCGCCUCCCGCGCGUCCUCGCCUCCAUUAACCGCAUCCGCGACUUCUACAUGGAGAUCUCCUUCCACUUCGAGUCAUCCGUCAUACCCUUCAUCGGCCGCAUCGCCCCGUCCGACACCUACCGCAUUUGGAAGCGCGGGGCCGCACUGCGGGCCGACAUGACGCUCGCUGGCUUCGACGGUUUCCGCAUCCAGCGCUCCGAUCAGACGUUCUUGUUUCUGGGGGAUGGUGCAAGGCCCGAGGAUGCUGGGGGUAAGGAGUUGCAUCCGGGUUCCCUCAUCGUGCUGGCUCAUAAAGAUAAGGAGAUUACAGAUGCGUUGGAGGGAGCAGGUGUGCAGCCAACUGAGUCUGAGGUAGCACAUGAGGUGGCAUUGAUGUCGAAGACGAAUAUGUACCGUCCUGGCAUGGACGUGACACAGGCGGAGCUUGUGCCACACUUGAAUUGGCGCCGGCAAGAGAGGACGGAAACCGUUGGACAUUGGAAAGCGAAGGUGUAUGACAUGUUAAAUGUUCUGGUGACCGUCAAGUCUAGGCGGGUGCCAGGAGCAAUGACAGAUGAGGAGCUGUUUGCAAUGGAUGGGGAGGAGAAGAAUGGGAGGGGCACAGAGCUUGAUGCUGAGUUAGACGAAGUGUUGACAGCCGAGGAGAGGAAGCAGCUUGAUUCUGCAUUGAGGAUGAGGAACCAGGAAGAGGAAUUUGAGGAGAGGGGCGAGGAAGGUGACAGUGGGGCCGAUCAUGUGGAUGCAAAUGGUGUGGCAAAAGAUAAGAAGGGAUGGUUCGGUUGGGGUGGCAAGAAAGGUGCCAAGAGUGAUGAGAAGCCAUUGAAAGCAGGGAGUAAGGAUGAAACUGGUGAUCCAGGGAAGCAAAAGGAGAAGGGCAGUGGGAAGAAGAAGAAAGGUGGUUCAUCAGGCGAUUCUAAUAAACAUGAGAGCGAAUACAAGAAGGGGUUAAGACCAGUGUUGUGGCUGACACCGGAUUUCCCUCUGAAGACAGAUGAACUGAUCCCCCUGCUUGAUGUCUUAGCAAAUAAAGUGAAGGCUGUCAGGAGGCUUAGGGAACUCUUGACAACCAAGCUUCCUACAGGCACAUUUCCAGUUAAGAUUGCCAUCCCUAUUGUUCCAACGAUACGAGUCAUCGUGACGUUCACGAAGUUUGAAGAACUACAGCCUUUAGACGAAUUCACCACCCCACCUUCAAGCCCGACGCAAUUUCAGGAUGCGAAGGCCAAAGAAUUAGAAGGAUCAGACUCAUGGUAUUCGUGGGUAAAGGGGGGCCGAGGAGCACAGCCCAGUGACAGCAGUGAUAGCCGGAACUGGAAAGAUGAGGUCGAUCCAUUCCACAUACCAUCGGACUACACAUGGGUUGAUGCCAAUGAGAAGAAGCGGAGGAUGAAGGCAAAGAAAGCCAAGAGCAGGCGGGGUAUAGCCCUGAAACAGUCAUCGAAAAACACCUCGGAAGGAGGCCACCACCCCAUGAUGGACGGCUUCGAGGAGUAAACACAUUUUCAUCAGCAUAGUAAGUUGUCUUUGCAUUCUUAAGAUGUUAAGUCGCUGAUGGCAGCUGCGCCCGAGGCAGAUUGGUAAUGUGCCCGGAGCAUUCGAGCGGCUUUGGUGAUGGAUCACAGUCGGAUCUCCUUGAGAACGUACAGGAUAGCUUAUACCCCGCUAAUCUGUAAUUCUGUGCUAUUUUUACCCCCCUCCUUUUUCCCGUCAUGCUGGAUGUAUGUUUGGUGAUGAUAUGGCCCUGUUGUUGUCGAAAAAUGUGUUUGAGGGGACUGUAGCGUUCCCUCCCCCCUGUUGUACGGAAGACCACGAAUAUGCAGCGAUUUUCUCGCAAAGAGGAAGCUCAAUGCACAUGCUUGUUCCACUC